UCCAGAGCUAAGCCCGAGGAUCAUUCCACUUUCGUGUAGAUAUCAAAAUUCCGAACUCUCAAAAAUUUGUAAGCAAAACUUUUAAAAGAAAUAAAUUACAAAGGAACACAAACACAACACAAAGCGCCACAGUGAAAAGCAACUAACAAGAAGAAGAAGGUGAGGAAGUGGGAGAAGAGGAAGUAAAGAGCUAAUAGAAACAGCAAACAAAUUGCUGUCCAAAAUGCAGACGACGGGCAAAAAAUUUGAUGGCAGCUCAGGCCGGAGGUUAGCUGGCAGCUGUGGCUGUGCCGGUGGCGGCUGCGUAGGUCACCAUAGCGAGCACCCCUAUAAGGUAAGCCAUUUCUGGACCUGUGCCGAGCUGCUGCCACAGCUGCCGCAAGUGUCGAAGCUGCGCGACACGUAUCAGCUGUUCGUGCGAACCAAUGGCAACCAGUCCAUAGACAUACUGAACGUGUCCGAGUGUCUGCGCGCGAUGGGCGUCAGCUUCAAGGAGUCGCAUCUGAAGGCGUGCCUGGUGCAGCGUCUGCUGCGCUUUCCGCAGGUGAAGCCGCCGACACGCGUCAGCUUCGAGCUGGUACUGAGCAUCUACUGUGAGCUGAGCCAGGCGAACGAAAUUCCCAGCGCCAAGGUGAUGAUCAAUGGGCUGAGCUGCUGCGAUAUGCGUGGCACGGGCAUGCUGCCCUACGCCCAGCUGCAGCGCAUCCUGACCACUGUUGCCGAGCGGCUGAACGAGACGGACGCGUGCGCGCUGCUCGACACCAUGAAGGAUGCGAGCGGCAAUGUCAACUAUGUGGCACUCAUGGAGGCCUUGUUCGUCGAGGACAGCGAGCUGGCCGACAGGCUGCUGCAGGCGCGCCUCUAUCUGUCGGCGCUGGGCGACAAUGCCUGCCACAUGGACAUGCAGAAGCGGGACGAUUUCAUACGGGCGCUGCGACGGCUCGAUGGGCGCAAUACGGGCUACGUGACGGCCGAAAGGCUGCUGGAGCUGCUCAAUCAGACCGGCGAUCGUUUCAGCGUCGCCGAGCUGGCGGCCCUUACGCGGACCAUGGUCAAUUCCAAAAAGCAGAUCGAUUACCGUCGCUUCCUGCGGCUCAUUAUGAACGAGUGAGUGCGCGUGGUGGUAUGGUUGUGUGCGGGUGUGGGCUUAUGUAGUAGUUUCGUGUCGGAUUUCGAACGGAUUUCGGGUUAAAUUUUUUACCAUGUUACAAUUUUUAUAUAUACCUUCAUACAGUACUAAUUCUCUGCUGCGAAAAUACCCCGACACUAGGCUCAAUACUUCGGUUUUCAUAUUA